UAGAGAUGAGACUCACUGUGCUGGGCUGCUGCUGCUCUAAGCCCGCCACCGCCACCGCCACCGCCACCUUCUCUUUCCCCAAAUCUCCAACAAACCCUAACCCUAGCAAUCGCUUACCCGCCCGGUCGACAUCCGUCGCCACCGCCGGCACUGAGGCCUCCGACGAACCCUCCAGCGUUUCCUUGCCGCUGCUCCGUCGCCGCCUUAUUCUCCUCCGCCACGCGGAGAGCACCUUCGUAGGCUCUCGUGUCAAGGAUCAUGAGCGGCCAUUGAGUAAACCUGGAAGGAGGGAUGCUAUGAGUGUUGCUCAUAAACUUGAGCAGAUGGGUUGGAUUCCAGAAGUUAUUCUUUCCAGUGAUGCCACAAGAACAAAAGAAACCCUUCAGAUCUUGCAAGAGACUGCAAUUGGCUUUUCAGAAGCAGAGGUGUAUUUUAUCCCAAGUUUCUACUCUGUUGCAGCAAUGGAUGGCCAGACUGCAGAGCACCUCCAAAGUGCCAUCUGUGAGUAUUCAAGGGAUGAGAGCCUUACUGUGAUGUGCAUGGGCCACAACAGAGGUUGGGAAGAAGCUGCUUCCAUGUUUUCUGGUGCUUCUGUAGAGCUCAAGACAUGUAAUGCUGCUUUGCUUGAAGCUGCUGGUAAAUCAUGGGAAGAGGCCUUCAGCACUGCUGGUCUUGGUGGUUGGAAGCUCCAUGGAAUUGUGAAACCAGACUCUCUUUAAUGAGAAGUUGAAAAAGAAGAAGAAGAAGAAGAAGAAGAAGAGGAUUCAUUCAUUCAGUUUUGUGCUGUUCUGAGGAAACUGUACUCUGUCAAUGCUUUUGGUUGAUGAUGAGGUACACAAUUUGAACAAAGAGUUGUAAUAAUGUUUUAAGGGAAAUUUGGGAAUUUCUCAACUAUUCCCUGCCUUGUAGAAUUCUUGUAUAAAUGUCUAUUUAUAAUUUUAAAAAAAUUAAGGAAAUUGAAGAGCAA